AUACAAUAUCAACCCCAUGUUCAACAUGGUCCAUAAAUAUAAUCUCAAUCUCGCUAAGUUUUCCUUAACAUAUACACCUUUCACUUAGUGUCGUCAUCACAGCAAAUUAAACAUGGUUGCUUUGAGGUCUGUAGCUCUUCUUGCACUGUUUCUACUUGGUAUGUUGGUUACGGUAUCCGAAUGCCGAGUUGCGAGAAAGGACCUGGGAAUUAAUCGUGGUGGUGGCGGUGGUGGUGGUUUAGGAGUUGGACUUGGUGCUGGGCUUGGUACAGGAGGUGGAAGUAGUGGAUCGGGUGCUGGAUCAGGAUCCUGGUCUAGUUCCUGGUCAAGUUCGUCGUCAUCAUCUAGUUCCAGUUCAACGUCUGGUUCUGGGCCUGGUGCAGGCUCUGAAUCUGGAUCUUCUGCCGACUCUCAUGCUGAGUCUCGAUCUGGAUCCGGGUCUGGGCAUGCAGGUUCUGGAGCCAGUUCGGAAGCUGGGUCUCAUGCCGGUUCCUACGCUGGAUCUCGAGGUGGGUCAGGUGGUCCAGGCUCGGGGGCAGGCUCGGAAGCUGGGUCUCAUGCUGGGUCUCGAGCUCGUUCUGGGUCUGGUAGUGCCGGUUCUGACCCAGGUUCUGAAGCCGGGUCACGUGCUGGGUCUGGGGCAAUAUCAGGGUCGGGUUGAAGUGAGAGAAUUGGAGCAUGAUUUGGCAGGUGUCUCUGCGGUUUGUGAAAUAAAUAAAAGUCUGACGGUAAAAAGUGUUUAGGGUCGUAUAUCUUACGAUUCGAACCGUGAUGGAUCAUAUCACGCCUUGUUAUGCUCUAAAAGUUUAUUAAGUAAUAAUUAAUUGUGUUAUCUACUGCACGAAUAGAGUUAGCUCCUGAGCAUCCUUAUUUAUGUCAUAAUCGUAUGGGUUUGAAUCAUAUAAAAAAAAAAAAUUUAAUAUUUUGUAAUGUUAAAAAAAAAAAAAAAUUAUGCUC